CGGUAAAUUAAAAACAUAACAUAUUGGAACGGAACAUUUUGCUGAAAAUGUCUGUGUUUGAGUUGCAAGAAAAAGUGAAGACUAAAACAGUAAACGCAUGUACCGUUACGCCUAUGAUCUUUGCGCUAAGCGACACAAGCAACAACAACAAAUGUGAUACAACAAAAACAACAGAAAAACAGCACAACACCUCAGCGCCAACCACAGGCAGCUCGGUUGCGCCACAACCGCCGCCUCCCGACAUCGUGCAACAAGUGUGCGGCAACUUCGGUCACUGGCAGCUGCGCACCAUACUGCUGAUCUUUCUUUGCAAAAUACCCUCCGCCUGGUUCAUGGCUUGCAUUAUCUACACCGCGCCCACACCGAAGAAGGGCGACUACUAUUGUCGUCCGCCGGCGCUUAUGAACCUCAGCCGAGGCUCAUUGACGGCCGACACGCCCGCCUGGGUGCGCAUGUCACAUCCGGUGUCGGACGAACGCGACACCGAUCGCCGCUUCUAUUUGGAUGCGUGCAAUAUUUACGAGGAGCAAUUGCAACGGGAUUUCAUCGCCAAUCAUGCCAACUAUACAAAUCCGUUCGAGCAGCCCGAUGUGGUGCGCCAGGCGAAUGGUUCGUUGAAGUUCAAGGUGAAUGUGUUGCCCUGCGAGCAUUUCGAGCAUAACUCCGAUUACAAGUCGUUGGUGUCGCAGUUUGAUUUGGUGUGUUCGCGUCAGUUGUUGAUAUCGAUGACGCAGUCAUUUCAUGGUUUGGGCGCCUUCAUCGGUGGGCUGGUGGCACGUCACGCGCUAAAACAUGUGAGUCCUCGGCGCCUAAUGCUUGUCGGCAUGUUUUUCCAAGUCUUCUGUGGCUGCAUUACUGGCUUGGUGACAAAUUUCCAACUACACAUUUAUUUCCGCUGCUUAACCUCCAUCGCCUGUACCGUUAUCAUGUCUGCUGGCCAGGUUAUAUUAAUGGACAUUACAGACGGGCGUGCGAAAACCAUCGUCACCACGCUUUCUGAGUUAUUCUGGGGCAUUGGACUUAUACUGCUGCCGGGCAUAUCAAUAUUUUUCGAUAGCUGGAGUUAUUUGUAUGUGGCCAUAUCGGCUUCGGUGCUUAUUUUGAUUUUUGUGCAUAGAUGGAUAGCCGAUUCGCCACGCUGGCUGCUAGGUUGCGACAAAUUAGAUCAAGCGCUCGAACAGUUACUAAAUUCGGCCACACUUAACCAUCGAUCCAUACCACUAGAUCUAGAGGAAAAGUUGGCGCAUCAAGCGAAGCACUUACAACAAGAAGCAACGAGUGCGCCACGCUAUUGGUCCAUAUGGGAUAAGACCACCGAACGUCAGUAUAUCUGCUGCGUGCAUGUCGCGUGGGUUGGGGUUAUUAUCCUGCAUAACGUCACGCUCCUGAUGAUUCGAACCAUGGGCACGGAGUAUAUACAUGUCAACACCGUGUGCUUGGGUCUCUCCGAGGUGCUCGGCAUCUUUAUUGGUCUCUAUUUGAUACUCUACACCAGACGUCGUUGGCUUUGGUGCGGUCAGCUGUUGACCUUAGCGGGCGCCGUUACCUUUCUAAUAUGGACCGUGCCGAAUACGUUAAAACCAAGUCGACGUGUCGGUUUCGAAAUGAUCUUCUGGAUGUUUUUGAAGUUCGCAACUGCCGUUACUUUCGCCGUGCUUGCUACGUGUACCGGUGAAAUCGUUUCGUCCGAAAAACGUCCCACUUUGAUGUACUCUGUGGUGACGCACAGUCGCUUUUGGCUAAUCUUUGGUCCAUCUAUAGCGGUUACAAUUCAAUUUCACAACUUAAUCCCCAUCACAGUGUUAGCCUCUUUGGCAGUCGUUACGGGGGUACUGCUUUGCUUGCUCAAUCGUGCCUUCUGGAAUAUGGAAAAACCGCGCGUGGCUAAAGUGCUCACGCCGAAGACAUAUCGACGCAAUUCUUCGGCUGAGCUUUUGCGACGUAGUUCACUUGGUGCGAAAUCUGAAUUUUACGACAAUUCUUUAACGAUAAGCAUAUCUGAUCUAUGGCUGGUAAAUUCGCAAUUUGAAGCCAUAACGGAACACGAAGUUGCAGCUGCGCCGAGGAAGAAAUAUGAGAGAGAAAGGGAAAAUGAGAAGCGAAUAUCAGAAGAGCAUUUGUAAGCAAAUUUCCAUGCACACAUUUGUACGUGUGUUCGGGUGUUCCCUUAACAUACACAGCUAAAAAAAUUUUUCAAUCGAAUUUCCUAAUAUCAAAUCCAUGCUACUACUGUCUUCUUCUUAUUUUCUGGCGUAAACACCGCUUUUACGCGUAUAGCCGAGUUAACAACAGCGCGCCAGGCGUUUCUUCUUUUUGCUUUUUGGCGCCAAUUCGAGAUACCAACUGCAUACAGGUCCUUCCCCACCUGAUCUCUCCAACGAAGUGGAGACCUUCCUCUUGUUGGAGUGUUUUCAUCCUUUCGGAUCAUAAAUCUUCCACAAAACCUUUCUCUGGAAUACUCCUAAGGCCGACUCAUUAGCUGAUCUCAUUGUUACAGGACAUGAAUGGUGUCUUUACUGGUUCUAAUAUUGACGAAAUUAUUGACGACUUCAGCUUGCACAGCCGUAUUAGCUUUGCGGGGAUUAUUUUCUCUAAAACUAGAUUGAAGAAGUCACACAUUUAGGGAGUUUCGAUGUCUGAAACCUCGCUGGGUUUCGAACGGAUCAGAGAGGUCCUUCCCGGUUCUGACGGAGCUUUUGGUAUUGCUCAAUGUCAGCUUAUACAGCUGGUAAUAGCUUUGCGGGGAUACCAAGUUCAGACAUAUGUAUGGAGGCAGUUCCUUUCGUGCUGUCGAAGACGGCUUUAAAAUCUGGUCGGUAGUAGAUUUUCCAUUUGUUUGUUAACAGUGGACUUCAGUCUUUUGAACCUCAUCAUAGUCAGGCAAUGGUUAGAUGAUUCCAGCGCCAUAGAUCGGGGAAUCGGUUUCGCCAUCUCCAGAUAUUACACUUUCACUGUCGUUCGAUCGCAACAUUGCGAGGUAGGCUGUCCCCUUUCUUUCUACUGUGAUACUUCAAUCUCCAUCGUACCUGCUCUUCCUUCGACCUUUUCGUCCUACAGUUCCCUUAUACCGAGUUGCCGAUGAGUGCCCUUAGAUAGCAAAAGUGCAAGUCGAGUAAAAACCAUUUAGCUGUCAGUUGUGAUUAUAGCUUCUCGCCGCUUGAUUCAAGACCGACGCCUGCUCGCAGCAGCACCUUUGGUGCACAGACGCCGCAAUUAGACUUCAGCGAUCCCUUAAACCGUAUAUGUCGGAGUGGCUUCGCUGAAGCUUCCUCUCUCUUAUUCGUAAUCUCAGUCUGCACACGGGUUGGCUACCACAUAUUACACAAUGGCUGUUCACGUUUCCAGGGACGCGACGAGGACGUAAGAGUAGAAAUUGGAUGUUGCCCUACGUCUGUAGCUGCUUACCCGUGACUACACCACAUUACACUUCUUUUGUCGAUUUAACAAAAAGUUUAGGUGGCGACUGAAGACCCAUCCAAAGCAAUCAUAGUUUAUAUGUGAGUUCUCCGACCUAACUCGUGGUCAAUUGAAGGAAUGAGACUGAAAACCUGGUUUAUAUAUUUUUUAAGGAACACC